GGGACCACUGAGCCAAAUAACUGCGACACUUAACUCGCUUACAGUCAAUGCUUCGCACACGGAAAUGUAUACUAAAAACAGCCACCUUUGCCGCUUGACAAGUUUUAAGGCUAGUUUUUCUAGCUCGACCAAAAGUGUUUCCCCUCCCAAAGAAACCCGGUGUCUGUACUUCCGAAAAAAGGAGUGAAGCCCGGAAACGUCAACAGUCUUCAGCAUUUUGUCGGCACGGUGUCUGCUCGCAGGUCUGCCAGUUGGACAGACGAUAAGCCCAGUAGCAGCUUGAAAAAAUGGAGAGCCAGAGUCAGGUUUUGGAAAGGCUGCGCACAGCGUUUGAAUCGCGUGUUACAAUACCGGAGAAGUUUCGCAGGACACAGCUGACCAACCUAAUGUCCAUGAUCAAAGACAACGAGGAGCAGAUUGUAAAUGCGCUGCACAAAGACCUCACAAAGCCAAAAUUUGAGGCCAUCCUGUCUGAGGUUGAAAUAGUGAUGAACGAGCUCCAUUGCGCCCUCAGUAACCUCACAAGCUGGAUGCAGCCGGAGUAUGUGAGCAAAAACUUGGCCACAAAGCUUGAUGAAUGUUUUGUACGGAGGGAACCUUUAGGAGUUGUGUUGAUCAUCGGGCCAUGGAACUACCCCAUGCAACUUCUCAUCGUACCCUUGAUUGGAGCCAUUGCUGCAGGAAACUGUGUGGUCAUCAAGCCCUCCGAAGUCAGCGCCGCCACAGACAAUCUGAUAACGGAGCUCAUCCCCAAAUAUCUGUCUAAGGACUGUUAUGCAGUUGUUCGCGGUGGAGCAAAGGAGACCCAAGCCCUUCUGAAGAAUCGAUUUGACCACAUUUUCUACACAGGUUCUCAGGCUGUGGCACGCGUUGUCCUCCAGGCUGCUGCAGUCCACUUGACCCCAGUGACCUUGGAGCUGGGAGGCAAGUGCCCCUGCUUAAUAUAUGGUCGGGUGAAUGCCACUGCUGCUGCUCACCGCUUGGUGUGGUCCAAGUUUUUCAAUGCUGGCCAGAGCUGUGUGGCACCGGAUUACGUUCUGUGCUCGAAAGCCACUUGUGAUGCCCUUGUGCCUGCGUUGCGCCAGGUCCUGGAGGACUUCUACGGCAGUGACAUUCAGAAGAGCCCCGAUAUGUCACGCAUUGUAACACCUAAACACUGGACUCGUCUGAUGGGACUGCUCAACAGGACCAAGGGCAAGGUCGUUGUGGGAGGAGAGCACGACGAGAAGGAUAGGUACAUAGCUCCAACGGUAGUGGUGGAUGUAACUGAAGAUGAUGCUCUAAUGGAGGAGGAGAUCUUUGGCCCCAUCCUGCCGAUCCUCACAAUUGAGUCUCUGGAGGAAAGCAUCAAAUUAACCAAAACAAAAGAGAAGCCUCUGGCCUUCUAUGUUUUCUCAGAUGAAUCCUCUGUGGUUAAGAAGGUGCUGGAAAAUUCAAGCAGUGGAGGAUUCUGCUCUAAUGAUGGAAUUGUGCACAUGGCCCUGCCAGGCCUGCCCUUUGGAGGUGUAGGAAACAGUGGAUUUGGUCACUACCAUGGUCACUGGGGCUUUGAGGCGUUCAGUCACCAGCGAGCAGUCAUGCUGCGUGGUUGGGCUUUGGAAAAACUUAACGCCCUGCGCUACCCACCGUAUAGUGAUGAAAAGUUGAGCUGGCUGCGCUGGACCACCUCACCCAAGAGCUGCUCAAUCAUGUGAUGACCGGCAAGAAGAGUAUCCUCCAUCUGGACUGAGCGCUGCAUGUUGUCAAGUGUCAUUCAAAAAAUGAAUAAAGUUGCAUUCAAAUAAAUCAUUUUAGUGUUGAAGCAGAAAAAGAAAUAGCUCUUUUGAAUUUAUUUUGUUACCCAACAAAGACGAUGUUUUAUUUACCUCACUGGAUUAUUAUACCUGUGGCAGUAUCGGGCAUGUCUUAGGAGUGAUGAUGCAUAUGAUAAACAUAUGAUUAUUUCCUUUUGAAAGAGCUUUUCCCAAAGUGCUCAUUUUCUGCACAAACUAUCUGCUGAAAUGUUAACUGCAUUACUGACUUACUAGCUUUAAAAGCGAGUAAUCAAAGAUGCUUCCUGUUGCCUUUUUCCCCCUCUUUGUUGUCCUACCUCUACAAACUGUGCUGUAUUAAUCCUGUGGUUUAACUUGGCCUGUUAGACUGUACCAGACUGAGGUUCUUGAAGUCAUGUGCCAAGUACUUUUUGAAAAGUUCCUGCCUUUCUAACAGUUUUGAAUAACAUCUGACAUGUCAGGUUAAUGUUUUAAAAAACUGUGUCGAACAGCCUUAAAAAAAAAAGAAAAAAGCUUUUUAAGAAAAGUAAAAUUCUCUCUCAUAAUCUUUAUAUUAUGAAGGGAGAAAUCGGUGACCAAAUCGGUGUUGGCUAUGUUUAUUUGAUGGAGCUUUUUCUGAAUGUUUUAUAAAAGUGACUUAUUUUUGUUCAAAAUGAUGUUUGCUGAGUGUCGGUAUGUUAGAAAUGUAUCAGAAUUGUAAUACUGUACACUGACUGAUAUCAUUGCAUUGACAAUGAGCAUAUCUAAUAAUACUCUUCAAAUAGGGAACAUUAUUAAAGUGAAUAUAAUCUUCAGUAAGACUUACAACUAGUGAUUGAGACAAUGAUGCCUCCUGAUAAUUGCCUGCCUAAAAUGUUAGCAUGUUGGUCUUUUUGUAGCCAGAAGCUAUCACGUUUAGCGGUGCAACGUUUAGCUAACGUUAGCUAGCUUGAUUAACAAGGUGCCGACUUCAAACUUAUUGUGUUAGUAAUGCAGCUAUACAAGUAAUUUUAGCAACUUUAAACCAAUAAUGCUCAUGAGUAUCUUUCUCCUGUAAGUCGAAACCAUAUUAUAUUUGCCAGGAAAUUAUAUAUUUUGUUAUUGUUUAUUCAAUCUUCUGACAUUAAAAACAAAUACUAAUUA